UAUGUAAAAGCAUAAAUGAAAUGAAUAAAGGGAUUGUGCGCGCUCUCUCUCUCUCUCCCUUUGUUUCCUUCCUUCCAUUGGAAAGUGAGAUCCAAUCUAAUCUAAUCUUUGAAAUUGAGGGGUAGAAGGUGGAUCGAUAGAUGCAGUUAUUUGAGUACUUUGUGGUAUGUGGAAUCGGGCCAGAGAUUCGGACACUGGAGGGUGAAAAGGGGUUUCAUGGAAGAGGGGUCUUCUAUUUGGCUUCUCUGCUUGAUCUCUACCCUCCGCCUACUGAGUCCCCUCCUCCGCCCCAGCUCCCCACCUGUGUUCUCCCUGCUGGUGUCCAAUUCUACUCACAAGGCUUUGAUUCCUCCAACCCCUUAUCUUUCCCUCGCAGUUAUCCGAUUGUUUUAACUGAGGGAGAUGGUUCUAAAAUUUACGUCAGUUGCAUUGCUUUUAGGGAUCCUGUUUGUGAGGAUAUUGCUGAAGCUUAUCGCAUUCCUCCGAAUUCAUUUGCUGACAAAUGUAUCUGCCUCGUUUCACGUGCUCCCAGUUUUCACAUUCUUCGCGAAGCACUAGAGGAGAUAUAUCUUGUUUGUUUUUCCAAACACGGUACUAGCAAGCCAUUAUGGGAUGUUAUCACAUAUACUCUGUCCAACGUACCUUUGCCUGCUCCUGGAAAAGAACGUGUUCUCUUUGCCAUUGAGAAUACCUUGCUUUCAGUUGACUUUCCGCCCAAGGAUGGCCUUCCGCACGCUGAUAUAUCCUUCCAACCGCUGGUGCAGUGCCUGGAUGUCGACAAUUUUAUUAAACUAUUUACUGCUGUCUUAAUUGAGAGGAGGGUUUUGCUUCGAUCAAACAAAUACUCUUUACUAACACUUGCUUCCGAAGCAAUAUGCCAUUUGAUUUAUCCGUUUCGGUGGCAGCAUGUGUACAUCCCGUUGCUAUUCUUCAGUGGAGUAGACUAUAUUGAUGCUCCCACACCAUAUAUGAUGGGACUUCAUUCAGGUGUUGAUACUACUGGUCUCUCAAUGGAUGGUGUUGUGGUUGUUGAUCUUGAAAAGAAUUGCAUCACGACAUCGGAGGAAAUUCCUGCUAUACCAGAGCCAGAAAUGACUUCAUUACGUAAUGAGAUUCUUAAGUUAUUGCAUCCAAAUGUUGUUUGGAUAGACUCAAUGAAGGCUGAUCUUCAAUCUCAUCAACAAUAUGCAAAGCCUUGGUCGCCACAGAAGGAUGUUCACCUCAGGAUUAUUUUUCUUAAGUUUUUUGCUUCAAUCUUGGGAGGCUACCGCAACUUCAUAGAAAAUACUGCCAAUCAAGUGUUCAACACUCAAGCAUUUUUGAAGAAGCGCUCUCGGGCAACUCAACAACCAAUAGAUGAAAUGUUAAGUCAGUUUCUAGAGUCUCAAGGAUUCUUGGAUUACUUAGAAAGAGGAUUAGGUAGUAAUGGAAAUGGUAAUAAUCUUCUAGAUAAGUUACAAGAUGCAAUUGGACGGGGUCAAGAUCCUCUUUCUAUCUUGCUCUCAUCCUCAUCCUCAGCAGAGUACGAGAUUAUAACAAUAUCAGACCCUGGUCUUGGAAUAUCAGGAUCUGGUGGGCGACACACUUAUGAGAGGUUCCCUGCCAACUAUAGAUCACAAGAGCAAGAGGAGAAAAGGAAGCAGAUACUAUCAGCAGCUAGUGGAGCUCUUGAAUACACUGUCAAGCAUACUCCUAGUUCUCCUUCAAUGUACAAUGGAGACUCCAAAGGAGGAAGUUUAAGUCCUAGAGAGAGGGCGGCUGAACGGGAGCGCAUGGUCUUGGAUAUAAAAGUCAAGCUGCAGGGUCUGUGGUUACGCCUUUUGAAACUGGGAGCCACUGAUGAUCCUCUUUCAUCGUUUGAAUAUGGAACAAUACUUGCUUUGAUAGAAAUAGAUGCAGAGGGAAUAGGUGGUAGUGGCUUUGUUGAAUGUAUAAGGGAACAUAUUCACUCGGGCUGGAAAGGUCAUUUGACUGAAGAGCAGUUCAUAGCCGUCAAAGAACUGCUAAAAACGGCAAUCACUCGUGCAACAUCACGGAACGAUAUAGCAACUAUUAGAGAUGCCCUUGAAGUUUCAGCCGAAAUGUACAAGAAAGAUAGGAACAAUGUUCCAGAUUAUGUUCAGCGACACCUCUCUUCUCUUUCUAUCUGGGAGGAGUUACGCUUCUGGGAUGUAUACUUUGAGUAUCUAAUGGAAUGCUUUUCAAACAAGUCAACCAACUAUGCGGCUUUGGUGACUGCACAGCUAAUCAUUUUGGCCACACACAUGGCUGGGUUAGGUCUCCCUGAUACGGAUUCUUGGUACAUCAUUGAAACAAUUGCAGGGAAGAACAACAUUGGUUACAGUCAUAUUAUUAAGCUUAGGGGAUAUAUGUCGCAUAUACAGCAACUAUGUGUUGGUUAUUGGGGCAUAUAUUCAGUGAAAUCCCAAUCUGUGUCAUCUUCUUUGGGAUUGCCGUCUCCACGGCCUCAAGAUGUUACCAUUGACAAUCAACAACCCGCAGAAGCAUCUGGUAGGAGUUGGGUUCAAAGCAUGUUUAGCAGAGAUACUACUACUCUACGCGCUAAUUCAUUCACUCGUGUGCGUAGUAAAUCCACAUCUGAUCAAGCAAAAGGGAGUGAGAGUGGUGCAAGUGGGCAAGCUAAAGUACAGACUAGCAUCCGGACACUUAGGGGCCACAAUGGUGCAAUCACUGCAUUGCAUUGUGUGACACAAAGAGAAGUUUGGGACUUGGUUGGUGACCGUGAAGAUGCAGGCUUCUUUAUAAGUGGAAGUACAGACUCCACGAUUAAGAUAUGGGAUCCAAGUCUUCGCGGUAAUGAACUCAGGGCAACUCUAAAGGGACAUACGAGGACCGUAAGGGCGAUAAGUUCUGAUAGAGGCAAGAUCGUAUCAGGAUCUGAUGAUCACUAUGUUCUUGUAUGGGAUAAACAGACAACACAGCUUCUAGAAGAGCUUAAGGGCCAUGAUGCUGAGGUUAGCUGUGCUCGGAUGCUGUCUGGUGAGCGCGUGCUGACAGCAGCAUAUGAUGGAACCGUGAAAAUGUGGGAUGUGAGAACAGAUACAUGUGUUGCUACGGUCGGUCGUUCCUCCAGUGCGGUCCUUUGCAUGGAAUAUGAUGACUCUACCGGUGUCCUAGCUGCUGCUGGAAGAGACGGAGUUGCAAACAUAUGGGACAUCCGGUCUGGUAGACAGAUGCACAAGCUUUUAGGACACUCGAAAUGGAUCAGGUCCAUAAGAAUGGUUGGGGAUACUGUAAUUACCGGUAGUGAUGACUGGACUGCCCGAAUGUGGUCCAUUUCUAGAGGAACAUGUGAUGCUGUAUUGGCUUGCCAUGGUGGCCCUGUUCUCUGUGUUGACUACUCCAAGUCAGACAGAGGAGUAAUAACAGGUUCAAGUGAUGGUUUAGUCAGGUUCUGGGAAAAUGAGGAUGGAGGAGGAUUGAAAAGUUCAAAGAACGUGACGAUUCAUAGUGGUGCUGUUCUGUCGAUUAAUGCUGGGGAAAAUUGGCUGGGAAUAGGAGCGGCUGAUAACACCAUGUCUCUCUUCAAUCGCCCCCACAAGAUGUCUAGCUGGCAGCUCUACAGAACACCCCAAAAAACACUAGCUAUGGUAAGAUGUGUGGCUUCGGAUCUUGAACGGAAAAGGAUAUGCAGCGGUGGCCGUAAUGGAAUGCUUAGACUCUGGGACGCAACCAUCAAUAUUUAGAUUAUUUCUAUGAUAUAUUCAUUCCUUAUUUUCAAGUGUAUACAUAAUAGCAUCCAACGUUCCACACUUUCUCCCUACUUGUUGGUUUUGGUUGUAUGUAUCUCAUUGUUUUGAAUGCUAUUUGUGAUUUUGAUUUUUGAGACCAAAGUUAAUUGUUUAACAAA